AUUACCUUACAGUUACAGUUACCGACGUAGCAACAUUAGUGAGAAAGGAAAUGGAAGGAAGGGAAGAAGGACCGCCAAGAAACGAUCUAUGUUCAGUUUGUCAUGGAAAUUUCGAUAUUCCAUGUCAAGCUAACUGUUCUCAUUGGUUUUGCGCUAACUGUAUUCUUCUUGUUUGGCAACACUCUUCUUCUGCUCUUCAACCUUGUAAAUGUCCACUUUGUCGUAGACCUAUUACCCUUUUAGUACCAAAUUCCCAAUCCAAUAACAACCCUUCUCUUCUCUCUCAAAUUCAAACUUAUAACCGUCUUUUUGGUCAUCAAUCUAAUUCACCCUUUUCUCAGAGAUUACUUGAUCUUCCUUUUCUUUUGAAGAGACUUUUUUGGGAUUUCUUUGAUCCUUCUAGAUCUCUUCCUCUUGUUAUUAGAGCUCGUGUUUUUAUUGCUACAGUUCUGAGUGCUAUAUACAUCUUGAGCCCUAUCGACAUCAUUCCAGAAGGUGUAUUGGGAAUAAUUGGUCUCUUGGAUGAUCUUCUAAUUGCACUAAUCUUCUUCCUACAUGUUGCUGCCCUUUAUAGAUCAGUACUUUACCGCCGUCACGGGGGUUUGUGAGCUUCACAACCUUUGCAAUUUUAUAGGUAAAGUAGUGAAAUGAGAUGAGAUGAUGCAUUUAGUUCCAUUUAAAAAUUGACAAUACCUUGUUUUGUACAUAGAAAGGUGCAGUUCGGUCUCGAAUAUUGGAUUUAGCAAAAGGUCAACAUAUAAGCUCUUCCUUUAAAUAUCGAACAUUUCGUUGAGACAAAAGAAAUAUCAAAUUUAUCUUUACCAUAGUUUUAGUUCAUACAUGGUGAUGGCUAUAUAUAUAACACUUUUAUUCA